AUAUUGAGUAGUCACGGCUUUGUGGCGAUCGUCUCUGUUUUUCUUUUAGUAAUUUGUUAAGGUUGUUGGUUUUCUCCCUAUAUAUCAAACCAGUUGUAUACCAGUAUUUUAUCUGGAAAUAAAAAUACUUGUCAAAUAAAUUUAAAAAUGUUAAUUCAUUUUUUUUUUUUUUUUGAAGCAGGAUAAAAAUUAAGUCUUAAAAAAUUGUAACAUUUAUUUCGAAACAUAAUUUGGAAAAUGUUUGAUUCAUUUUUUAAAGAUUGACUUUAACUUUACAUAUGAAAAUGUGUAAAUUCUUUAAGUAGUCAUUAAUAACAAUAACAUUUCAAACGCUUUUUUUAAAUAUGACAUUUAACAGAAGUAUCUUACAAAAUGAUGUAUAUCAAAGCUUGAGUUUGAAAAUGUGAAAUUUUGAAGACAACCUACGAAUUAGUUGUCAGCCGCGAAUCAUUUAUUUUCAACUCUGUUAACAUAAUUAAGGUUGUGCCUUUUUCUUUUUUAUAUUAUUCAUAAUUUUUUUUUAAUAAAUUUUUAAAGGGAGAAAAAUGAUUGUCCACACGUGGUCAGUGCAUCCUGCGAUCUUAAAACCAAUUAAUUAAUCAGAAACCAUUUGAAUCUAGUUCCAGUGUUGACCAUAGUGUUUUUAAAGAACAACAACCGCGUUAUUUAAUUUUUGUUCAAUUAAAAGGGUUUGUUCCCUUACAGUGUAAUGGCGCCGAAUCUUACAAUUAGAAAUUUGUAUUCGUUCCUAAUGCGACUUACCUAAAGAUAAAGUAAUAAUAAUAAUAGGUUAGAAUUUAUUGUGAUUAAGGAUGAGUACGCUAAAUUUAUUGCAAGAUGUGUAAUCUAAAUUCAUUUUGUUUCUACGUUUAUAAACUUUAGUGCCCACGUGACCACUAUAAAGUUAUUCUGUUGUGCUUAUUAACCGCGGAAUUCGGAUCCCGAUAAUGAGUUUUUUUUCUUUCAGAAAUAUAUAGAUAAUGAAUUUGAAAGCGAUGAAUAAAUAUGUAUCUAUACAGUUGAAUUUUGAUCAAGAGGUAAUACCAAUGUUGUUAUCAUUGAUUGCGUUAUUGCUGAUAUUGGUCGUUGAUGGUUUUGUCAGUGUGUUAUAGCUUAAGUUAUCGAUGGUAUUUUCUGUGGAGCUGUCGAGGUUGUUUUAGACCAGUGGUUCUCAACCUUCAUAAUGCCGCGAAACUUUAUUGCAGAUCGUCAUGUUGUAAUGACCCCCAACCAUAAAAUUAUGUUCAUUGCUACUUUACUAAUGCGUGUUUUCCGAUGGUCUUAGGCGACCCCUGAGUAAGGGGGUCGUUCGACCCCCAAAAGAGGGCGACCCACGGGUUGAGAACAGCGAUGCUGUAGAGUAGGGGUCGGGAACCUUUUUGUCUGUGAGAGCCAUGGACAUCACAUAUUUUGAAAAGCAAUUCUGUGAGAGCCAUGCAUUAUGUUUAGAACUAAAAAUUCAAGUAAAUGUGUGCAUUUUGUGUAAUUUCAACAUUAAAAUUGCAAUUAUUAUGUCUCUAAAUUCUUUUUAAUAACAUUGUUAUGCUGUUGCUAAUCAAUAAUGAGUAUUUCUUACCAUUAAUGCGACUUUUUUUAAAUAAUCGAACAUUUGUCUGCGAGUCAGAUGCAGCCAUCCAUAGAGCCACAUCUGGCUCGCGAGCCAUAGGUUCCCGACCCCUGCUGUAGAGAAUGUCACCGUUGCCUUAAAAUGGUGGGCAUUGAUCUUAAACAGUUUUGUUCAAAUAUGUUACCAAACAAAGCUGCAGUUUCCAUGACAACGCUGUUGUGAUUAUUUCAGAGUGUUGUUUUACGCCCAGUGUUGACAUAAUGCUGACAGCGUUGGUGCUCGUCGUGUCCGGACUGCUCCUCCCGGUCAGUGCGGCGCCCAGGGCUAACUUUACCAUCAGGGAUCCGUCAUCCGUCUACAACAACAGCAUCAUCAAACCGCUGGGCGGAAGUGCUUCGCCGCCGGUGGCGCAAGUAGUCCACGAAUGGGCCGCGCUUGAAUACGACUGGCCGUGCGACUGGGUGCGGGAUUACUACGCCGAAAGGGGCUGGUUCAAUGCCAGCACGAACCUUCUAGGGGGCCUGGACGUGUACAAAAAUGACCUCUACGUCACAGUUAUUCGCGUGUCCAACACGAUCCCAUCAGGACUCAACAAGGUGGUCCAGAAAAACGGACGCUCCGUCCUGCAGCCUUACCCAAGCUUGAGGGCGAACGAGAUAGGGAUCUGCGCGAGCCUUCAGUUCCCCUUCGCCACCUACACUGACCCCAACACGGGCUGGAUGUACGUCAUAGACGUUGGACGAAUCGGUCUGAUUCGCAACUCUCCGGCGCCAUGCCCUCCUAAAAUAGUCGUCCUAGACCUCAACAGAAACGGUACGGUCGUCCGCAGCCACAACUUUCCCGAGUCUGUCGUCCCCAGAGGCACCAACAUUUUAAACGAUUUGGUUCUAGAUUAUGUGACCAAGAACGCGUCGCGGGUCAGGUACGCCUACAUCACCGACACGGGCAACGCGCAGAUCGUGGUCUACGACUUCCAGACGAAUGCCAGCUGGUCGUUCAGGCACCCUUCCAUGGAGACAGACGAGGACAAGACUGUCACCAUCAACGGCGUCAACUACACGAUGGACGUGCCGGUGGACGGCAUAGCCAUGGACCCAGACUUUGAGUACGUCUACUACUGUCCUGUCGGGACCAAAAAGCUGCACCAGAUCCCGACCUUCGUGUUGAGGAAUCCCGCUGGGAACUUCUCCAGAUACGCUAGGUUUGUCGGCAACAAGGUGUCCAACGCUGAUGGCAUGGCCUCGGGGAAGAGGGCAAUUUUCUACGGCGCCGAAGCCUUGAACGCAUUGUAUAGGUAGGUCUUUUAAUGUGACCGCUUCGUGAUGUUACAUACAAGGGACUUCUUUAUAGUGGGUUUUCAGAAUGAGACCAUGAACGCUUUGCAUAGGUACCGGUAAGUCUUUUAAUGUGACCCGUUAGCGAUGUUUAAGUGAGGGCCUUUCACACGGCAAUUCUCUAAAGUGGAGGUCACACGAUGAGACAGUGAAUGCGACAUUUUUUUUUUUUCAUACCGAGGUCUGAACGAUCCUGCUCUGAAUCUAUGUCCCAUUUAUCGAGAAACCUAUUGAUGAAGUUUAAUGAUGCUUCAUAUAAUGAAAAUAGAACUGAGCGAAUUUCUCUAAAGCCCCUUACGUCUACUGCAGAACUCUAAGGAAACAUAUGAAAAAUUAUACGCUACGGCAGUGGUCUCAUCGAGGGACUAGAACGGUCUGACCGUGGGUAACGUGCUUAAGGCUAUCGAAAAGAGGACAAGUUUGAAAAGCAAAGAGUCAGCCCACCCGUAGUUAGACUCACUCACAUGAGGUUAGAUGCUAAUAACGAAACAGUUAUUUCGUGACUGCCUGCUCAGUAAUAUAGCAGUAGUUCAAAGGUCAUUCUUCUUGGCCAUGAAAAGAAAAUAAUAUGUACACUACUUCAAGGGAUGUAACUAUAUUAAUAAUUGACCAUGAGCAGAAUGUAAAUUCGUUCAGUCGCUUCCUUGAAGAAAAACUCUUUACCACUAAAAUAGAUGAAUUGACGAGAAAUAAUCUACAACUAAAAUAGAUAUAAAUUAAAGAGAAAUACUCUACAACUAAAAUAGAUAAAUUGAAGAAGUGCUCUCUACAACUGAAAUAGAUAUACAUUGAAAAUGUGCGCUCUAUACUUGAAAAAGAUGUAAAUUGAAGAGGAGCUCUGUACAAAUAAUAUUUAUAUAUAAAUUGAAGACAAAUACUCUGCAACUAAAAUAGAUACACAUGUAAUGUUGGUUGCAAUGAAAUAAUUUCUUGCUAACAGAAUAUUUCCAACACAUCUUAGUAAACAAUGAUCAAGUGGUGUCAUUAUUAUUUCAUUGUUCCCAGGUGGGACAUCUCUAAAGACCUGGCCAGUCAGAACGUCACGGAAGGUAACGUUACCAUAGCAACAGAGAGCCUCGUGGCCCAGGACCCGGAAAAGUUCCGUUGGGUGGACAGCAUGAAGGUGAGCGCCGACGGCUACCUGUGCUUUACGUCCAACCGGGUCAACGAGUACGUGGCCGGGACAAUGGACUUCAGCGGCGCCAAGGGGACAAACUUUCGGAUCAACAAAGUCUUUGUCGGGGAUAAGCCGUACCUGCUGAAGGAUGGUAGUGAUGUAGGGAUUGUGGUAGGGUAGAUGACGGUUGGUGGUGGGCAAUGUGGUAAGGUGAAUGGCAGUUGGGGUAAGGAGUGGCAGGGUAGAUGACAGAUGGGGUUGGGUAUUGUGGUAGAGUUAAAGAUUAGAUAGGCAGAAAAUGUGGGUGUAGUGUCUACCGACACUAGUCAGACAUUCGUGAUCUAUGAUUCAGGCUUUCGUGAUCUACGGGUCAGACUUUCUUGAUCUAUGAGUCAGACUUUCUAGAUCUACGAGUCAGACUUUCUUGAUCUAUAGGUCAGACUUUCUUGAUCUACGAUUCAGAAUUUAUUGAUCUAUGGGUCAGACUUUCUUGGUCUAUGAUUCAGACUUUCGUGAUCUUUGAGUCAGACUUUCUUGAUCUACGAGUCAGAUAUUCUUGAUCUAUGAGUCUGCAUUUCUUGAUCUAUGAGUCAGCCUUUCUUGAUAUAUGUACAUAGCACUAUGAAUUGCUUUCGUCCAAGUAGCUGUUCAUUUUUGGAUACUAAUUUUCAUAGUCAAAGCUUUCACAUUCACAUAACUAUAACAAGUAACAUAAAAAAAUAAAAAGAAUUUCACUUAAGAUUUAC